ACGGGCACCGGCUCGAGCAGUGGCCAGCCCAUCGUCCAGGAUGAAGUGUCUCGUGGUGCUACUUGCAGUCCUGGCUGUCUCCCAGGGCAGUGAGAUCACCAGGGUCCCUCUGCACAAGGGCAAAUCGCUGAGGAAGGCCUUGAAAGAGCACGGGCUGCUGGAGGACUUUCUGAAGGAACACCCAUAUGGCAUCAGAAAGAAGUACUCCAACUUAGACAAGGAGCCCAACGAGCCCUUGGCCAACUUCUUGGACUGUCAGUACUUUGGGAAGAUCUACAUCGGGACCCCGCCCCAGGAAUUCACCGUGGUGUUUGACACCGGCUCCUCGGACCUCUGGGUGCCCUCUGUCGACUGCAAGAGUUACGCCUGCAAAACCCAUCAUCGCUUUGACCCAUCCAAGUCCUCCACCUUCCAGAACCUGAACGAGCCCCUGUCCAUCCAGUACGGCACCGGCAGCAUGCAGGGCUUUCUGGGUCUCGACACCGUCACUGUCUCCUCCAUCGUGGACCCCCAGCAGACUGUGGGCCUGAGCACCCAGGAACCUGGCAACGUCUUUACCUACUCUGAGUUCGAUGGGAUCCUGGGGCUGGCCUACCCCUCUCUGGCCUCCGAGUACUCAGUGCCCGUGUUUGACAAUAUGAUGCAGAAGCACCUGGUGGCCAAAGACCUGUUCUCUGUUUACUUGGACAGGAAUGGCCCGGGGAGCAUGCUCACGCUGGGAGCCAUUGACCCCUCCUACUACACAGGCUCCCUGCACUGGGUGCCCGUGACCGUGCAGGAGUACUGGCAGUUCACCGUGGACAGGGUUACGGUCAAUGGCGUGGUGGUGGCCUGCGAUGGUGGCUGCCAGGCCAUCCUGGACACAGGCACCUCCAUGCUGGUUGGGCCUAGCAGCGACAUCCUUAACAUCCAGACGGCCAUUGGAGCCACCCAGGACGAGUUUGGCCAGUUUGACAUCAACUGCGGGCAACUGAACAGCAUGCCUAUGGUGGUCUUUGAAAUCAACGGCAGGAAGUACCCACUGCCCCCCUCUGCCUACACCAGCCAGGAUCUGGGCUUCUGCGCCAGCGGUUUCCAGGGUGAGGGCGACGACCCACUGUGGAUCCUGGGAGAUGUCUUCAUCCGGGAGUAUUACAGUGUCUUUGACAGGAUCAACAACCGCGUGGGGCUGGCCAAGGCCAUCUGAUUGCACCGCCGACCGUGGAACACGCAUGCACUCCCUAAGCACACAUGCAUGUGCACACACACACACACGCACACACGCACACAUAUGGACCAGGUUUUCUGGCAGAUGGUUCCCAAUAAACACCAUAUCGC